CUGCUCGAAACGUAAACAGUAAACAAUUAUUCAAAAACAAAUCAAAGUCGAGAUGCGAAUUCUGAAUUGCCGCAUUUGCUCUAGAUCAGAUGCCCCAAUAGACCUUUUUGGUCCAGGAAACGGUCAUCUAGUUCGUCAAAUUCACUCCAUUACUGGGGUGGAGCUAAGCUGCAAGAAAGAAAUAUCCGGCCAAAUGUGCACGACUUGCCUGGACAAUCUGCAGGCAGCCAUUAAGUUCCGCCAGCGCUGCAUCAUUGCCGAGAAACAGAAUCUGGAAAGGAUUGAGUGCGACAGCAAGGAUUGCUCCACAGAUCCAAUAAUAUACGAAGACAUCGAUGAUAACCAAAUUGAGAGUGAGUUGGACGAGUCCAUUCUAUGUCCUGAAGUCAAAGAUCUUCCAAUGCCAAGUGCUGAAAAGGUCUCAGCACCGACUAGUUUGAACCAUCAAAAGUCAAUUGGAGGAGGUACUGGUCCAUAUGUAUGCCCUGAUUGCGGAAGGAUCAUUAACAAUAAGUCAAACUUUCAAGAGCACACGCUCCGGCACACAGGCAUCAAGAAUUUCCACUGUGUUUUUUUGAAUUGUGAAAGGAGCUUUGCAACUCGAAAGGAACUGACUAGCCAUACGCGUAUCCACACGGGCGAGCAGCCAUACGUGUGCGUCUACUGUCCACGUCGGUUCUCCUCUUCAGGCGCUCGCCAGGAGCACCAUCGCCGCCAUCGGAACGAACGCCGCUACGAGUGCGACACGUGCAAAAAGAGUUUUGUAAGCUCCGGAUGUCUCAGGAAGCACAAGAUGAUCCAUGUGGAUGCGCGGAAUCACUAGUGGGCAUUUCGAUUUCUGCCAACUCUGCACAUUAUUUGUAUUACACGUUUCAACACACUUUGAUUUUACAGCUGCUACGUAUGUCAGAAGCACUUCAAACGAAUCUCCCAUUUGAUGACCCACCUGUCCAGCAAUAUUCAUAAACGCAAAGAAGAGAAACUCACGGAGCUAGCCAUUGAACAAUGAAGCUGCCUAUCUAGCCAUUACACUAAUUAGCUAUCGGUAAGAAUUCUAAAAUUCCGCGUCCUUUUCUUUAACAAGGUAGACGUACAUUUAAGUACAGGUAUUCGCAUAAAUCCAUUUUAUGCGAAUAUCUAGCAUAUUUGGUUUUACUUUUUGUUUCCCUAAGGAAUAGAAGAAGAGCCGCAUCCCUCCCGACUUCCAAACGUUUUUAGAUUUUGAUGUAAAACGUUACAAGUUAUAAACCU